CGUUCGUGAAAACCGCAGGGAGGGAAGAGCCAUGGCGCCCAAGGCCGCUCCAACGCCGUCGCCGCCGCCGCCGCCGCCAGCCCCGGAGCCAGCGGCUGUAGAGGCGCCCGAGGCGCCGCCGCCGGAGCCGACAUUCACAGGCACCUGGUUCGAUGAUCCUGUUGAGGGAGAAGCUGCUCAACAGGCAGCAUUGGAAUUGAAAAACAGGAUAGAGAUCAGAGCCUUGUCCGUGCGGCAAUUCCUGGAAAAAACGGUGGUACCUCUCCUAUUGCAAGGCAUGCACCACCUUGUUCUUGAAAGGUACGUGGUUUUGACCCCUCAGUCUUCCUAUAAGCAGUGCACAGUGAAGCGAGGUCUUAGCAGUCUAGCCAGUCUUUGUUUCUCGUCGGUUUUCUUUUGUUUUGCUUCCCAUUGCAUUUGUCUCUGUCCAGGCCGUCGAAUCCAGUCGAGUAUUUAGCUGCUUUCUUGCUUAAAAACAAUCC